UUUUGACACUCGCGUUUUUGAUAUAACUAAUAAAUAUCGGAGACCAUUUCGCAAGAAAAAUAAUAAUAAGUUCGUUUAAACUCCACUUAGACUAAAAUAAGAUACUUUAUUAGGGAAGUAGAGAAGCCAAAGAAUAUCUUAAUAUUACUUUGUAAAAGUAGUUAAAGAAAAAAAAACGUCUUUAGAGUUGCCUUGUCUUCGCCGCAGGAAACUAUAUUUUAUUUGUAGGUUUUUAAUUUCGUCCUUGUAAAAGAUAUCUUGAUGUUUCAUAGCAUUGUAGAAUAUUAUGCUGAUAGCCAGGAUAGAUGUGGCUACUGCAAAAGUUCCAAUACGCAUUUCAGCCAUGGUAUGUGGGCACAUUCCAUGACUGUUAGCGACUAUCAAGAUCUCAUUGAUAGAGGCUGGCGAAGAUGUGGAAAAUAUUGUUACAAGCCAACUAUGGAUGUUACUUGCUGCCCUAUGUAUACUAUAAGGUGUAGAGCAUUAGAAUUUAAAGCUACAAAGUCUCAGAAGAAAGUAUUGAAGCGUUUCAAUAAAUAUGUAGUGGGACAAGAUACAAAUGAGAGAUCUGAGCCCACCGGGGAUGGCAAUCGGAAGAUGUCUACUUGCAGUAGUGAGGCUGACAUGGCAGAGGGGGUGGAACAAUUCCUGGAGAGUACAAAUGUGCCACAGAAAAUUAACAUUAGCAACAUUGUAAAGGCAGAUGACGAAGAGGGUUUGGAAGAUGCUAAAGACCAAGACCAUUCUAAAGAUGAACCAAAAGUAAAAAUAGCAUCUGCUUCCACGGCAGUAAGCAAUCCAUUAGAUAAGAGUAAGCCUAAAGAAAUGAAAAAAGGUGAAGGGUAUGACCCAGCUAAAGCUCCAAAUAAAAAAGCAAAGCAAUUAAGAUUGGAGAGGAAAAUGGAGAAACUUAAGGAAAAAGGGAUUGAUAUUAACUCUUUGUCCAAUAUAAAUAAAAAUAAGGAAAAAGAAGUAGAGGACUUUAUAAAUGAAUUACCCAAUGAUGUCAAACACAAACUAGAGAUAAAAUUAGUAAGAACUGCACCUCCAAGCCCUGAAUGGGAGGCAACUAUGAAAGAGACUUGUGAAGUUUAUGCCAAGUAUCAGACAAUCAUACAUAAUGACAAACCUGAAAAAUGUACACCAACAAAGUUUCUUAGCUUUUUAGUGCAGAGCCCAUUGCUGGAAGAACAUAGUGAAUCUGCGCCCCCAUUUGGCUAUGGCUCUUUCCAUCAACAAUAUUGGCUUGACGGAAAGCUCAUAGCGGUUGGCGUUAUAGACAUAUUACCCAAGUGUGUUUCAUCAGUUUAUUUCUUCUAUGACCCAGCAUAUACACAUCUUACACUGGGCACUUAUGGAGCUUUAAGGGAGAUAGCUUUCACUAGACAGCUGCAGUCAGUCAGCCCCGCGCUAAAGUAUUACUACAUGGGCUACUACAUCCACUCCUGUAAGAAGAUGCGGUACAAGGGCAACUUCUAUCCUUCCGAUCUAGCGUGCCCUGAGACUUAUAAAUGGUUCCCAUUGAAGGACUGUAUUCCUAAGCUCGAAGUAACGCCAUAUUCUAGACUAGACCCGGAUAUUGAUAGUGUUGAUGACAACCAUCCGAAAGCUGACGAUAUUAAUUAUGUACCCGUGUUAGCCAAAGGUGUUGUAAUGCCAUAUAAGACUUAUAAGAGGAAAAGUAAGAAAAGUAACUUUGAAGAGCUAUUGCUGCAGUAUUCACAAUUAGUUGGAGUGAUUUGUGCCAAGCGGAUGAUAAUAGUAAGUCAAUGAGAGUAUAAUGUAGUUACUAUAGAAAAUGUUGUUGUUUCUAGUUUAAUUCCCACCUUCAAUGUAAAUCUGUUUGUUCUUUGUACUUAAAUAGUGUUUUGUGGUGUAAUAAUGUUUAGUGUAAACUACCUUCGCCAUUUACUAGUACUUCACGGAUUGUACUUGGAUGUUGACGCAUUUAUCGAUGUCGCAUCAGCACAAGCAGAUGAUGUCUUAUACUAAAUUUCUUCUUCAUCUUAUACUUCAGACUAAUUGACUUAGGCACACCAGGCACGAGCUGAAAUUAUCAUAAUUCCGUACCAGAAUCUCUAAGUCACAGUAAAAAAAAAUCGCAUAUUGUCUAUGGUACCCGCUUUUAUGUAUAAAAAAAUAAUAAGAAAUUUAGAAUUUAUUAGUCACGAAAUAGCUGAUACAGCUCGUGUGCAGUGUGGCAUAGCCGAUUCGGCGUUUACAAAUGCGGUAAUACUCUUAAGGGCCACUUGCGUCAUUUAGGGGUUAACCGGUUAAACCCAGAGUUACUAGUACAAUUAAACCCUGUGUUAACGGUUAACUAAUGCAAGUGUUAACGGAUGCAAGUUCAAGUGGCCUGAAUGAAGAUCUAUAGUUGCUCAACAUACAAAUGCUUCAUAAAUAUUAAUUUUCAUAAAAGUUACAAUAAUAUACGUCCGAUAUCGAUUUAAUUAUGUCUAACUAGUCAUAAUUAAUAAGUUUAAUUAUUUUUUCCUUAUACUAAUGUUAUUAAACGUGCUAAAAUAAAAUGUAAUAAAAGCAAAUCAUUAGGUACACACAGUUACAUAGCGAAUAUCACGGGUUAUUCCCACUAGUUACCACCAAAAUUUGGUUAGCGUUCAAUAUUAAAAAAAAAUUGUAUAAAUAGAGAGUGCUUUAAUCAAUAAUUAAUUAAAAGUACAAUUAAUUAUAAGUUAAUUAAUUAUAAGUCGAUUAGUCUUUCAGGAAACUGCCUUAAGAGUGAUCAAAAAUAUUAAACCCGGUGCAAGUGCAAAAAAAAAACAAAAAAACAAAUUAUUAAGAGAGAAAUUAACGUUUGGAUAAAAUUAUAAUUUAAAUUAGAAUUUAUUUCUCCAAAAGUAUGUAUAUUACAGUUCACUUACAUAGAAAUACAGAUAUACAAGCAAUCAUAAUAUACAUUAUUUACAUAGUGCACGAAUAGCAAUAAAUAUAUUUUACAGUACAUAUGGUGCUACUUUAUCGCACUAGUGCGAAAAUUAGCAUAUUACGUUACUGUGCCGAACAUUUAAAGGGCCAUAUGUACUGUAAAAUGUUGUACGAUACAUGUGCGAAUAGGUAAUUCGCAACUCGUGUCGAUUUAAAACACUCCCUUCGGUCGUGUUUUAAUGUAUCGCCACUUGUUUCGAAUUUCCUAUUUUUCGCACUUGUAUCGUAAUGUACUAAUACCUAUUUAUUUCUGUAAGAAAAAAGUGGAUAUGUACUGUGUGAAUUGGCAACUGGUCAGCUAAGUAUACGAGUAGUACAGUGAAAUUGUCAUCGCGCGAGCGCGGGCGGACCGGGCUGUCGCGCAGACCAGCAUAACGUGACCGAGACAUUGAUAAAGAGAGCGCGCCAGAGAUACGCGUUUAUACUGGUUGGUCUGAGCGGUCAACACGUCCGCCGAGCUCGCCCAGCAGUUGGCGAUAACAGUCCUACAACAUGCAUGGAGUUAUAUUACGUGUUAACUUUUAAUCGCUACGCGCCGAUAGCAAUUCAAUCAAUGUUGUUUGUUAAAAAAAUAUAUUUAUAUUUAUUUUUACGUAUAAUAUAUAUUUUAUUUUGUUUUAUUUGGAAUUAUUUAUUACAUUAUAUUAAUCAUUAGAUUAUAUGUUUUUUUUUCCUUUUUGCUAUCAACCUCGAGAGCAUGAGAGCAUUUAUGUUAUUAAUUGUAAAUUGAAUGAAUUGUGACGUCAUCUAUGAAACCUGGAUAUUUUGUCAAGGGCGCUUACGCUACACUGCGUAGCGGAGCGUUGUAUUUAUAUAGGAGCAUCGUUGAUAAUGGCGUAAGCGCCAUCGACAAUAAGUCCCUUUCAAUAAAUAACGUUACAAUUAUGAACGAACAAACAAAUCAGUCAAAGACGGUUUUUUUUAUCGAUUUUAAGGCAGGUUACUGAAACACUAAUCGACUUAUAAUUAAACUAAUAAUUAAAUAACUUUUAAUUAAUUAUUGAUCAAAGCACUCUCUAUUUAAACUGUUUUUAUUACUAUUGAAUGCUAAUCAAAUUUUGGUGGUAAUUACUGCGAAAAAAAAAUCCCACCUUUUACCAGUGGUAACUAGUGGGAUUUUUUUUUCCCAGUUACCAGUGGUAAAAGGUGGGGAAAAAAUUCCCAGUAGUUACCACUGCUAACAACUUGGUGGUAACUAGCCGGAAUAACCCAAUAUCACAAGCAGUUUUAUAAAAUAACAUAUAUUCCAGUCUACCCCUGGUGGAAAGGUUAGAACAUAGCCAAAUCAUUUGUGCUGUUUUCAGUCAAUAAUGCGGUAGUUAAGAAUACAUUUAUCGACAACAAGUUUUCAAGCAAACAGUGUCUGUCUUUUGCUUGAAAACGCCGCAUGAAUGUUUAAGCAAGUCUUGCGUACAAAAGUCUUUUUGUUAGCAAUACCUAACUGAAAAUGAUAAUGCGCGGUAGGAGUAUAGUAUACCUAUAUUGUUCGCGUCAUCCUAUUAAUAUACGCUCAUGAGGCGAGUGCUAUGUAUAUGAUGGGAAUACUGGACUUGUUUAUUGCGUUCACGUCUAUAUGGGCUGUUUAGAACUAAUGUUCAACUUUAAAAAUUUAUAACAUGUACUUUUUAUAGCACUUGAUCUUUGGAGGCAGGAGAUGUAGGUGUAGGACUGUAUGUAUUGUAAUUCAAUAGACAUCGGCGUAAUUAUAUGAAUUACCCUUUUGACAUGUAAUUUUUUUUUAAUAAAGGAAUAUGAAAUAUGGAUAUGAAUAUACCAGUUUUAUAUGUAUAAAUACUAAAUUAUUGCAAUAUUAAUAUUUUCUAAUUAAACCAUACGAUUAGUAUUGAAUUGUGGCGACUAACAACAAAACCGGUAAUACAUUUGGUCGCAAUUGUACCUAGUUGGUUACUAAAUUCUAUUACUGCUAUAAUCUUUAUCUACAUAAAAUAUACGAACGAAAGUUUAAUAAACUAUAUAUUAAAAUGAAGAACACAAAAUCAGGAAUUACAUAUGACAAUAUCAUACAAAAUGGCAUCCUCUGGCCUUGACACAGGCCCUCAAACGACGAGGCCAGUCAUCAAUAGCGGCACGCACGAUUGUCAUGUCUAAUUCCGUCACUGUCUUAACUAUGGCCCGCUUGAGGGAGUCAAGAUUUGUGUGGGGUUUAGCACAGGUUUUCUCCUCAAUAACCUGCCAUAUGGCAUAAUCCAGGGGGUUAAGGUCCGGGCUGGAGGACGGCCAGUCUUCGUGGGCAAUAAAGUCAAUUUUGUUCCUUCGAAACCAGGCUUGAGUUGUUUUUGCCUUAUGUGCAGGAGCUGAGUCCUGUUGAAAGACCCAUGGCUGGUUUUGAAAUAGGGUGUGGCUUAAGGGCUUCACUAUUGGUUCGAGAACGGUUUCCUGGUAAACUUUGGCACCAGUUUUCACACCUUUUUCACAGAAAUCAACCUGUGUUAGCCCUGAGUAUGGCACACCCAGCCAAAUCAUCACAUAAGAGGGAUGAUGGCCUCGUUGCACUCUCGGAACAGCCGCAAUCGCCUCUUGACUGUUUUUUUGCAUACACUGUCUGUCAUUCUGGCGGUAACACCAUUCUUCAAUGGUAAAUUUUUUUUCAUCUGUAAAUAAUAUUUUUCGUUGGCCAUUUUGUACGUACCGCUUCAAUAGCACGCGACUUCUCUCUAGCCUCAUAGUCUUUAAUCGUCCAAUAAGCAAAUGACCUUUUUGUCUGCGGUAAGCGUGUAGUCCAAAGUCUUCAUUGAUAACUUUUUUUAGGGAGCUUCUCUUCACAGACAUCUGUAUUGCCAACAGCUUUUGCUUCCGGACGGGGUUUCUUGCAAUUCUCGCCUUCACUGCCUUUAUUAGAGCUGGGGUCCGAACGGUGCGUGGUCUUCCAGACCUCUUGCGGUCAUCGAAGCUCUGAGUACUAUUGUAUCUAUUAAUUGUGCGAUAAACAAAUUGUUUGUUGAUUUUUAGGUUUUCAAGCAACUUCAAAAUCAUGUUUGGCGGGUGCCUACAUUUGUGCAACGCAAUUACUGCGAUACGAUUCUCUUUUAGGCCCCAAUUCAUUAUAGAUACGACGAGAUAAGCGUUAUGUGUGGUAUAUAAUUAUAGCUCACAAAUCCACCACAUUAUGUAAUUUUUUAUUUUUUCGGUAGCAUUUGUUUUAACGGAUAUAAAAAACUUAGUAACCAACUAGGUAUUACAUAUUUAAUUCCUGAAAUAAAUAGCAUGAAUUCUUGAUGAUUUAAUUUACAUAUCUAUGUAUCUGAGUAUUUUUGAUGUACCUUUUUGAAAGUGUACUGUAUUAUUUAUAAAAAUGGAAGUUAGAAAUUUAUUUUUUAAUUGCUCUUUUAACAAUAAACUAUUAAGUUACUUA